AUGGAAGAAGGAUUAAUAAUUGACUACAUCCAAAGCGUUUUGAUUCAUUAUGGUGAAUAUCUUGGUGAACCUUAUAAAAAAGACAUAUUGGAAGGUGAUAUUCACGUGUCACCAAAGGACAUGGGUCCAAAUCUGACUUAG